ACUCAAUUCAAUUCCCUACAAUCAUUCCAUAUAUUCAACAACCAAACAAAAGAAAUUCUUCAUUUCUCUUCCCAACUUUUCCUUUUUCAAAUGGAUACUUCUUCACUAGAUUUGAUAAGGCAACAUCUUCUUGAUGAUGAUGUUGUUUUCAUGGAAAAUUAUUGUACUUCUUCAGAAACAACUAGUACUCUUUAUUCACAAAGCUCAUCAUCUUCUGAGUCUUUAGAAUCAUUUGUCUCUGAACUCAAAACCGAAAGCAACUUCUCUUUUUAUCCCGAGAGUUCAAAUCUUGAAUUCUGUAGUUUCUUCAAUAAUAACUCAAAAAUGGAAUUCAAUCCCUCUGAAUUCCAAGUAAAACCCCAAAAGAAGAAAAGUUUCAACGAACGAAAACCUUUGUUGAACAUUUCAAUUCCUUCUGUCAAGAAAACAGACGAAUCAAAAACAGGGGAAAAUUCAGAGAAAAAGCGAUACAGAGGAGUGAGGCAAAGGCCAUGGGGGAAAUUUGCAGCGGAGAUUCGUGAUCCAAAUAGAAAGGGGACACGAGUUUGGCUAGGAACAUUCGAUACUGCAGUGGAUGCGGCCAUGGCUUACGACAGGGCCGCGUUUAAGCUCAGAGGGAGCAAAGCAAUCUUGAAUUUCCCACUUGAAGUUAGUAAUUUUAAGCAAGAAAAUAAUGAGAUUGAGAAAAAAGUGAAUUUGAAUUCUUGUGGGAAAAGGGCAAGAGAAGAAAUUGAGAAUGAAGACCAAGUUGUGAUGAAGAAAGAGGUGAAAAGAGAACAAAUGGUAGCAACUCCAUUAACACCUUCAAGUUGGGCUCCGAUUUGGGAUUGUGGAAAUGCAAAAGGUAUUUUUGAGGUGCCUCCUUUGUCACCAUUAUCACCACAUCCAAGUUUUGGUUUUUCUCAACUUUUGGUUUCAUAGUGAAAUGACCAAGAAGUUUACGUGAAUAUGCAUGAUAUUUGGACCUCGGUUGUGAUCUUGCUGUCACGAUCCACUGAGAUUUAGACAUCCAAUGUGAUUCUUUG